CCGUCUAUAUCUACCUCCCGUUUCAUUCUUCGCGCGCGCGAAUGUUUCCUCCUUUCCUCCCUCCCACCUCUCGUCUUUGCCUCGAAAUGUGGCAUUCAACAGGGCUUCCACGCUGCUUGCGGUGGUGCGGAAUCCGCGCCGGUUUGCCGCUACGCGCGCGGACGGGGCGGAGGGUGCAUCGGGGAAAUGAUGCGCAGAUUGGCCGGAUCAUCUCAAAAACCACCACCCUUCCGCCUCCUAGCCCACCUCCUCCUCCUCCUCCUCCUGCGCUCCGCACCAUCGUCCUCUUUCAUCCCCCGGUCGCUCUCUCGCACCCUCGUCGCCGACGGUCGCCAAGGGAUGGAAUACAACCCCCACCACCGUCGCCGCCGCCGCCGCCACCGAACAACCAUCCCGACUGCCACGCAGCCGUCGACGACGAGUGACUGAGUCCUCCGAUUAUUAUCUCAUUUGCCGCCACGGCCAGCGCAGCACGCGGCGGAUUCGGAACACCACCAGGGAUCCAUAGAUCGUCGUCGUCCCGGGCGAGACCGGUGGAUCGUCGUGGUCCACGGAAAACGGUGUCGUCAACUUCGAGGACCUCGUCGCGUGUGCAGCCGCCAAAAUGACGACGACCACGGGUGACCCGUCGACUUUGAAGACCCCGGCCUCCCUGUCGGGCGGAGAUCUCGUUUCUCGUUUGCUGGCGGCUACUCCUCCGUAUCUGUACAACGUGCCGCUGACGCCUCACAGCUUCUUCUUCAGCGAAAUGUUGCGGUCCUUCGUCCAGGCCAAGACGGAGACAACGUCGACCAAUAGCGGAGCCGGUGGUGGAGUGUCAAACGCGUCGCGACGUCGCAAGAGAUCCUGGCGAGACGCCCGCGACCGACCUCUCGAGCUGACGACGAAGGAACGGUCCCAUCAUCAUCACCAUCACUAUCACCCACAUUCGGAGACCAAGUACUACCAUUCCACGGCGCAGCAGCAGUCCACUCAAGUGCCGUCGGAGACUCGCUUGGAGAACGAGACCGGAAAGCGUCCGGAUGCCUACUCCGACGCGACGUCGGACAGCAAGACCGGCGGGUUCGAGCAAAAGCCGAACUUCGGCGGCGACAUCCUGAAGCCCAUCGACGAGAACAAGACGGAGUUCCUGUCGCGACAGCACGGCAAGAAUUUCUUCGAUCACGAGCGACCGCGACACUUCGACACCCAGCCGCCGGAGAACGUCUUCCCCGGAGAGUCGCGGAAGGUCAAGCCUGAGGAGUCUCAGCAGCUGGAACGCAGCGGUAGAAGCUGUAAUAAUUUUGACAACGGCAGGAGUUACGAGGAGCAUCGCACGAAGAGCGUCGUCCCCGGUCAGGAGAUCGUGCCACCAGGUCUUCAGUUACCGGACCAGAAGAAGCUCGACUUCUCGCGCGGUCCUUUCUUGCCCGGUUUACCCGGCAGGGGAUGCGAGGGCGUUCUCCAGGGUGUCAAGGGCUUCGCCGGCCUACCCGGCGGCAUGUCUGGCCCGGCUGAUUUUCUACCCGGACCCUUGUGGUAUCCGCCGUACCCGAUGCCGCAGUCUUAUCCCGGCAUCGAUCCUCUGCACUUCUUCAUAGACCUGCGCGUCUCCGGUCACAUCUGGGACCGCAAGCACGCCAACGAGCGGCAGCUACCUUUCAAGACCAAGCACUGCUCGGCCUUCAGCGUGCCGCAAUCCAAGGAGUACAGCAAUCGGCCGUUGAAUCUCACCCGCGACGAGGCCACGACGUCCAAGAGCUCGGACGAGAACACCCGGGGUACCAAUUAUAUCUUGAAGCAUCUCACGAAGACGUACCAGGAUAUACAACAGACGAGGAUCUCCAGGACGGACACGUCGACGGAGAACGAGGAGGAUUCCAAGGAAAUGCAAGCCGGCGAGGAUAUCGCGAAGGUAGAAGACGCUGGCAGUACGAUGACGAGUUCUGAAGAGGAAAGGAAGGAUUUACGGGCUCUGAUCGGUCUCGAAUUAGUAGUGGAUUACGUGAAAGAGCCGAAGAGCGAUCCGUCGAGCGAGCAAACGUCGCAAGUAACGGAAUAAUUUAACUAAAACGCGGCUUGCAAAGAGGGAACGAACGCUCUUUACCAUUUUAAUCGCUAAAAUAGAGUCGUAGGGUCGUUAUUCGCAUUUUUUCUCUCGUUACGUCUUCAAAACUGCACUCGCGAUCGUAUCCUUCGUCUAAUAUAGCACCUCUGCCAAGGCAAGAGUCACCGAACCGCACAAGACCGGGUUGCUCCUUUUACAAUGUCUCAUAUAUUUCCGUACGAUAAUUGUGAGGGGAAGAAAGGAACAGAGAGAAGAUAUUCGCUGCUCUUCAAAUAUUAUCUUUGUACAUUUUUUUUGUUUUUUCGUAAGACUUUCUCGCGCGCGUGUACUUUCAACAGAGAUUUAUUUGUAAAAGUUCUCGUUUGUUCUUUACUUUUUGUUCAUAAACGCUUCAAACGUCAUAUCGCAAUACUGCAAUCCUGAGACAGAAUUGCUCUACUUGAUUCUGUGCGUGUUGAGCGACCAAAGAGGAAGUUACAGAUUAUUUCUCAGCGAAAAUUGAAAGGUCGUAAAGACUAUCGGGGUGAAGUAGCUUCGAUCCGAAUUCGACAAUGUGAUAUGUAAUGUAAAUAUUACAAUAGUAUAUCCCGGUGUAUCUAUAUGUAUUGAUAGAAAGUACUCAUUGUUGUAAAUUGAACGUAAUAAAAGCAAUGCGAGGUUCAACUGUACAAUAA